AUGGAAACAUUUGGUAAAGUGGCGGUCACUAUUUUUAUAGUUGUGAUAAUGAGGUGGGCAUGGAAAGUAGUAAACAUGGUAUGGUUGAAGCCAAAGAAGCUAGAGAAAUGGCUCAGAAAUGAAGGUUAUAAAGGUAACUCGUACAAGUUUCCACUAGGUGACAUGAGAGAGGUUGCAACAAUGAUCAAAGAAGGUAGAUCAAAGCCUAGUCCAAUCACUCAUGAUAUCACUUCCUAUGCUCUCCCUUUUGAUCAUCAUAUCAUCACCAAAUAUGGUGAAAAAUCGUUCAUAUGGGUUGGGCCAAACCCAAGGAUGUAUGUAACAGAUCCGGAGUUGAUAAAAGAGAUACUAUCAAGGCCCAACGAGUUUCAGAAGCAACAUCCUGAGCCAUUUCGGGAUAGCAUCAUCGGUGGACUUCUUGUCAGUGAAGGUCACAAAUGGACCAAACAUAGAAAAAUAAUUAAUCCUGCUUUCAAUCUUCAAAAUCUCAAGAUCAUGUUCUCGGCUAUCCGCUCCAGUUGCAGUGAUAUGGUCCACAAAUUGGAGCUGCUAAUUGGCGGAACUGAUUACACUGAAGUUGACGUAUGGCCGUAUAUUGAUAACUUGGCGGGUGAGGUGAUUUCACGAACCGCAUUUGGUAGCAAUUACAAAGAAGGGGAGAAGAUAUUCCGAAUCCAAAGAGAUCAAGUUGACCUUUUGUUCCAAAUGUUGUCUAUACUUUAUCUACCCGGCAGAAGGUUCAUACCAACGAGAGCAAACAAGAAGUUUAAACAAAAUUGUGAAGAGCUCCACACGUUGCUAAAGGGUAUAAUCGACAAGAAGAAGAAGGCAAUCGAGACAGGGGAAUGUAGCUGUGACGAUCUACUUGGAAUUUUGUUAGAAUCUAAUUCAAAAGAGAUUGAAGAAAAUGGAGUUGGAAUGAGUAUGGAAGAUGUAAUUGAAGAAUGUAAAUUAUUUUACAUUGCUGGAUCCGACACAACCUCAAGUUUGAUUGUGUGGACUAUGGUGUGUUUGGGAUUACACAAAGAAUGGCAAGUUCUAGCUCGAGAAGAGAUACAAAAAGUCUUCGGUAAUCGCGAACUCGAUUUUGAAGGACUUAAAAACCUCAAGGUUUUAACAAUGAUCUUAUACGAGGCUCUCAGGUUAUACCCACCGGUGGUAAUGAUGGAACGAGCAACCGUUAAGGAGACAAAGCUAGGGAACAUGAUGAUACCACCCGGUAUGCAACUAGCCUUGGCCAUGAUCCAAAUUCAUCAUGACCGUGAUAUAUGGGGUGAAGAUGCAAAUGAGUUCAAACCCGAAAGAUUCUCGGAUGGAAUGUUGAAUGCAACAAAAGGAAAAGGAUCAAGUCCAUAUUUUCCAUUCUCUAGCGGUCCUCGUAUUUGCAUUGGGCAAAAUUUUGCCUUGACGGAAGCAAAAACCGCGAUAACGAUGAUUCUUCAAAGUUUCUCGUUUGAACUUUCUCCAUCUUACAAACAUUCUCCUUUUCCGGUGUUCACUCUGCCACCUCAGUUUGGUGCUCAUCUGAUACUUCGUAACAUAACCUAG